AACUGCCUUGAAUUAUUUAAAGAGCUCAAAGCUAAUAAACUUUCCAACUAUUGAACAGAGCUCUCCUCCCUCUCUCUCUCUCUCUCUCUCUCUAUCUGAGAAAGAAGAACUUUUCUCAUGAGCAACAUAAGCAUGGUAGAGGCAAAGUUGCCUCCGGGAUUUAGGUUUCAUCCAAGAGAUGAAGAACUCGUAUGCGAUUACUUGAUGGGGAAGGCCACCUCGCACUCUGGCUCUCCUCUUCUUAUUGAAGUUGACCUUAACAAGUGCGAACCCUGGGAUAUCCCAGAAACAGCUUGUGUGGGAGGCAAAGAAUGGUACUUCUACACUCAGCGUGACCGAAAAUAUGCAACCGGACUUAGAACAAACCGUGCAACCGCCUCCGGCUACUGGAAGGCGACAGGGAAGGACAGGCCUAUCUUUCGCAAAGGUUCCCUUGUUGGUAUGAGAAAAACAUUGGUUUUCUACCAAGGCAGAGCCCCCAAAGGCAAGAAAACUGAUUGGGUUAUGCAUGAAUUCCGGAUUGAAGGACUCCAUGCUCCUCCUCAUAUUUCUUCUCUCAAGGAGGAUUGGGUUCUUUGUAAGGUGUUCUGUAAAAAUAGAGAAGCUGCUGCCAAACCUAGCAUGGGAAGCUGCUAUGAUGACACAGGCUCUUCAUCUCUCCCGGCUUUAAUGGACCCUUACAUCACUUUUGACCAAACUCACCCUUUUGUUGAUGGGUAUCAGCAAGUGCCCUGCUUCUCCAUUUUCAACCAAAACCAGGCCAACCAAAAUUUCACACAUAUCACCAACAUUGAACCAAACGUACCUACCAAGAGUGAAACUACGUCCAAGGGAAUAUCAAGUUUUGGUACUUGUUUUGAUCCUUUAUCCUGCGAAAAAAAGGUACUAAAAGCUGUCCUGAAUCGACUGAGCAAUACGGAUAGCUGCAAUCUUACUAUCAAAGAAUCGCCAAGCUUUGGAGAAGGAAGUUCGGAGAGCUACUUAUCUGAAGUGGGUAUGCCCAACAUUUGGAACUAUUACUGAUUUUUGGCUUUAAAUGUGGACUCAUUUCCCUCAACUAGCCAAACAAACAGUUGUGUAAAGAGAUGUAGUGAUUAAUAUAUGUAAGUUCUCCAUUGUUAGGAACAUGCAUCUAUAUUCUAAGUCUUUGGAGGCUCCUCCGAAAGGACAUGUAUUUGACUUCUUAAUUGUAAGUUUCUAAUUUAUUGGAUUAAAUGUACAUUGUGAAA